CAUUCCUCAAAAUGGCCUUUUUCCACCUAUUGAGAGAAUAGAAUAGUUUCUGCAAUGCUCGACACUUCCAGGGUCUUCAAUUUCGCGGUUCUUCGCAAUUCUACCUUUUAAAAUUACUCUCCCCCUCACUAAAAGUAUGUAUUCUCUCUCUACAAUCUGACGCUUUGAAAUGGAAAACUCCAUAGACGACGACGACGGAGCUCGAAGCAGCGUUUUUUCUGAACUAAAAGCGUACUGUUUAGAACUUCUGGAAAUCCUCCAAAACCCUAAGAAAAACCCCUCUACCCUCCCUCAACUGCAUCACCUUCUUUGCCGAUCCCCACCCGAUCUUCUCCAACCAUUCUUCGACUAUACGCUGUUCCCGUUGUUGCUUCUAUUAGAUGCAGCAGUUGAAUGCAGAUCAUCGAGAAAGGUUGAUUCUGAAGAGAACUCUGUCCUGAAAAUACCACAUAAGGUUAGUGAUGCUGUGGCAGAAGGUGUGCUUCAAUGUUUGGAGGGACUCCUGAAGAAGUGCCAUUUAGGAUCCGUGGAUCAGAUGAUUGUAGUGCUAAAGAAAUUGACUUAUGGAGCACUACUUUCCCCAUCUGAGGCUGCAGAAGAGUUUCGUGAAGGAGUAAUAAGAUGUUUCAGGGCACUGCUUCUCGGUUUACAAUUGUGCUCUGACAAAUCUUGCUCUUGUAAACAAAGCAAUGGUCUGCCAACUCUUGCAGCAAGCAGAGAAUUGCUAUGUCCACGUACUAGACUUCCAAAAUAUGAUUCAGAAUCAGAAGGAUGCUUGCUUGCUUUUCUCCAAUCUCAAUCUGCUUCGGCUGCUGUUGGGCACUGGCUAUCACUUCUUCUAAAAGCUGCGGAUAUUGAGGCAGCCCGAGGGCAUCGAGGCAGUGCAAAGCUCCGUAUAGAAGCCUUCAUGACCCUUCGCCAGCUUGUGGCUAAGGUCGCCACAGCAGAUGCAUUAGCUUUCUUUUUACCUGGUGUUGUUAGUCAAUUUGCCAAAGUUUUGCAUAUAUCAAAAUCAAUGAUUAGCGGGGCUGCUGGAAGUGUGGAAGCCGUUGACCAUGCUAUUAGAGGUUUGGCCGAGUUUCUCAUGAUAGUUCUCCAGGAUGAAGCUAAUUUAUCUGGUCUUGGUAUGUCCAUAAAUCUUGUUACUGGCUUUCAUUCAAGUAAGGAUAAAUCUAUGCAAUCGUUUUUGGAGGAACUCCGUCACUUGCCUGUUAAAUCUCAAAGUCAGAGUGAAAUCUUAAUAGAAGAUUCAAGUGAUGAUGCGGUAAACAGGAUUUCUUCCAAAGUUAGUGUCAAAGAGAAGGGGAGUAUUGAUUCUGGCAAUGUGGUAGGAUCUUUUUCUGUGGAUCGUACAAAAGAUUGGAUUGUGAGAACUUCAGCUCAUGUGAAUAAGCUAUUGUCCGCAACUUUUCCACACCUUUGUGUUCAUCCAGCGAAGAAGGUGAGACGAGGACUUUUGGCUGCCAUACAAGGACUAUUAUCAAAAUGCAGCCACACUUUGAAGGAGAGCAGAAUUAUGCUUCUGGAGUGCUUAUGUGUUUUGGUUUGUGAUGACUCUGAAGAGGUGUCUAAAGCUGCACAGGUUUUCCUUGGAUAUAUACUCUCAUCAAGUGGGAAAUAUCUUGUAGAAAAUGAUGUUGCUAAAAUCUAUAACAGGCUCAUUGAGGAACUUCCAAAAUCAGUGCUUGGAAGCGACGAAUCACUUGCGCUGUCACAUGCAAAGAAACUACUUGCAAUAAUUUAUUUUUCAGGUCCUCAACUCGUGGCUGAUCACUUUUGUCAGUCCCCUGUCACAACUGCUCGGUUCUUGGAUGUUUUUGCUGUGUGUUUGAGUCAGAAUUCAGUAUUUGCUGGCUCUCUCGACAAGCUUAUUUUAGCAAGGCCAUCCUCAACAGGAUACCUACACUCUCUAGCCGAGAUGAGAGGUGGCAUUUACUUUACCAACGAUCAUGCUAUCAUGGAUGCUGCUUCAUCUGAAGAAUCACAUCUCCCCAGUAGUCAAAACAAACAAAUACUAUAUGCAGUGGAAAAUGUGCAAAAGGAGUAUGACAUCCCACGCAUGCCACCUUGGUUUGUUUAUGUUGGCAGUCAGAAACUAUACCAGACUCUUGCUGGAAUUCUUAGACUUGUUGGUUUAUCUUUAAUGUCAGACUCAAGAACUGAAGGAUCCUUUUCUGUUAUCACUGAUAUUCCGCUGGGUUACUUCCGUAAAUUGAUUUCUGAGGUCCGGAUGAAGGAAUACAAUAAGGAAAGCUGGCAGUCUUGGUAUCAUAGAAUUGGUUCGGGUCAAUUAGUGCGCCAAGCUAGCACAGCGGCCUGUAUUCUGAAUGAGAUGAUAUUUGGUAUAUCAGAUCAAGCAAUUAAUGCUUUCACAAUGAUGUUUCGAGAGUCCACAAUAAGAUGUGAAGAGAUGGAGGGAUAUGAUGCAGGAUAUUGUGAGGAUAAACAUUCAUUUCCUAACAAAUUGGAUUGGAAAGAUUGUUUGGAGAGAGGAGCAAGGACUCGCUUGAUCAAUUGUGUUGGCAGUAUAUUACAUGAAUAUCUAUCCCCUGAAGUUUGGAAUCUUCCAAUAGAGCAUAAAUCUUCUCUUCAACAACCUGACAGUGAAGCUGAAGAUAUUACUUCACAUUUUUUUCAUGACAAUGUUAUGCUGCACCAGGUGAUUAUUGAUGGGAUAGGCAUCUUUAAUAUGUGUCUCGGGAAAGAUUUCUCUUCAUCUGGAUUUCUUCAUUCAUCACUUUAUGCAUUGCUUGAGAAUCUUACUUGUUCAGACUUCCAAAUAAGAAGUGCAGCCGAUGGUGUCUUACGUAUUAUUUCAGCAAUGUGUGGGCAUCCAACAGUAGGGCACUUGGUUUUAGCAAAUUCAGACUAUGUAAUUGAUUCUAUAUGUCGGCAAUUACGUCAUUUGGAUCUUAAUCCUCAUGUCCCAAAUGUGCUGGCUGCCAUGCUUUCCUAUAUUGGAGUAGCUCACAAAAUAUUGCCACUAUUGGAGGAGCCAAUGCACUCUGUUUCUCAGGAACUUGAGAUUCUUGGCAGGCAUCAGCACCCAGAUUUAACCAUUCCCUUUUUGAAGGCUGUAGCAGAAAUUGCUAAGGCGUCGAAGUUUGAAGCUUGUUCCUUGCCUGCUCAAGCAGUGUCAUAUUCUGAACAUUUAAAGUCUAAGAUGUCUGAUAUGGAAAAGCAAGCAAUAAGGGCUUCUUCAAGAUCACAUUACAAUAAUGAUAUUGAUGUGUCUCCCAUGGAAUCAGAAGAUGGUGCCAACUCCAAUGGUGUUGAUAUGCCUAUAGAGCAAUGGGAGAGUAUUUUGUUCAAGUUGAAUGAUUCCAAGAGAUAUAGGCAAACUGUUGGAUCUAUUGUUGGUUCAUGUUUAACAGCUGCAACCCCACUACUUGCUUCAAUGAUGCACGGAAUAUGCUUGGUGACCCUGGACAUAGUCGAGGAUGGCAUUUUGGCUCUUGCAAAGUUGGAAGAAGCCUAUAAGCGUGAGAAGGAGACGAAAGAGGUGCUUGAGCGAGUAUUUGAGUUGUGUUCAUAUCAUCACCUUCAGGAUGCUUUGGAAGCAUCCGAGACCGGAACUGAUGAGAAUAGGUUGCUGCCUGCAAUGAAUAAAAUAUGGCCUUUCUUGGUUGCUUGUUUUCGAAAUAUGAACCCAGUGGCUGUCCGGAGAUGUGCAGGUGUAGUAAGCAAUGUUGUGCAGAUCUGUGGAGGAGAUUUCUUUUCCCGCCGCUUCCAUACAGAUGGCCACCACUUCUGGAAGCUUCUAAGCACAUCCCCUUUUCUGAAAAAACCCAUCUCAAAAGAAGAAAGAACCCCCUUACAACUUCCUUACAGAAGUACCUCUCUCUCUUCAGAGGAUUCCAUGGCUGAGCGUUCCAAUCUGAAAGUCCAGGUGGCAGUGCUCAACAUGAUUGCUGAUUUAUCCCGGAACAAAAGGAGCGCAUCCGCAUUGGAAGCUGUCCUUAAAAAGGUCAGUGGUAUUGUUGUAGGGAUAGCUUGUAGUGGUGUUUCUGGGCUUCGUGAUGCAUCCGUCAAUGCUCUGACGGGACUUGCAUCCUUAGACCCAGAUCUUAUUUGGCUUCUCUUAGCUGAUGUUUACUACUCUUUAAAGAAGAAAGACAUGCCUUCACCACCCGCCUCAGAUUUCCCAGAAAUCUCCCAAAUUUUGCCCCCACCCUUGACGCCCAAGGGUUACCUUUAUGUGCAAUAUGGAGGGCAGGGUUAUGGUUUUGACAUUGAUUUUUCUUCAGUCGAAUCUGUAUUCAGGAUAUUGGAUUCCCAGGUUUUUAGUUCACAAAAUGUAUAGCUAGUUUUAUUGUAGGAAUAAGAAGAAAGAAUGUAUAGCUAUUAUCAUCAUUAUUUUUUUGCUUUACAUAGUGUAUGAUUUCUGAUUCUAUAUGAAA